AUGAUAGAGACUCUCCUACUGUGCUUCAUCCAUGGCUUCAAGGGGGAUGAAGAGACAUUCUUUGAAUUCCCUCAAGACCUGAAAAACACUAUCCAAGCCUCGUCGCCGGAACUGAAAGUUCACACUGCAGUCUACCCAAAAUACGAAACUCGAGGAGAUCUCGCGUCAUGCGCGGAAACCUUUCGAGAAUGGCUGCAAGAUCAGGUUACGGAUCUCGAAACCAGCGCGAGUACAAAAAGCGCGAUACUUAAUCCAAGUGUCGGUGUUGUUCUAGUUGCGCAUAGCAUGGGCGGAUUUGUUGCUACAGAUGCGCUGUUCUCAAUCCUGAAUAACAGGCCCAAGAUCGAUGGCAAAGAGUGCAUGUUUCCACUUGUUGCCGGACUGUUGACCUUCGAUACCCCAUUCAACGGCCUUGCGCGAAGUCUAUUUGCAUAUGGAGCAUUCAGUCAAUAUCAGAAUGUAUCGACGUUGUACAGCUUGUGGAAUUCGCUUUCCGGUGGUCUUGGACUUCAAGCUGCCUCUGCCGCGGCAUCAUCAUUCGCAAGCUCGAAAGCAUCUACGGUUCCGGGAAACCAAGAGGCGCGAUCAGUUGUGAGAACGGUAGGAGGAGUACCAGCUUCCAGUUGGCGGCGCUGGGGACUACUUGCUGCGCGGACAGGAACAGUUGGAGCAGUGGUUGCUGGUGGAGUGACUGCAUAUAUUCACCGUGAAGCCAUUGGGGAAUCGCUUUCGAAGAUUGAUGUCAAGAACAUCGACUACGACCCGCGACACUACUUGAAGAGAGAGAAUCUCCCUAGCAUGCCGACAAUGCCUUCAAUGCCACGAACCAUGCCAAGUCUUCCUAAAGGAGUUUCAAUGCCAGGAAAAGAAGCGCUCUCAAACCAUCUUCCAGAUAUAGCAUCUCUAAGUGGUGUGAGUCGUGAAAAUAUUGGAGAGGGAUUCGCUUGGAUGGCCGGCCACUUGAAGUUUGUCGGUACAUUGAUGAAGCAACAGCAAAUGUCGGCCAGGCUUGAGCGUCUCUCUGCGGUACAUGGUAUGGGCAAAUGUAAUGUUUUCACAUGUCUUGGAGAAAACGGAGUCUGGUCUGGGGGUUAUUUCAUCCCACGACGACGAUUCUGCGCUGUACCGAUUGAACUUGACCCUGUGCUGGCCAAAAAGGGAGAUGACGUGAAAGAGAAAGAAUCUAAAGGCUGGUGGAUAGAGAACGUGAACGGGAAAGCGGAGAAUGAAAUUGUCAGUCACUGCAGUAUGUUCGAGCGGGAACGCAACGAUGGAUAUGAUGCUCUUCUGGAGGUUUCAAGAGAGAAGAUUGUCGGUUGGGUUCUAACGGCCGGGGUCAAAGAGGUAGUUGACGGCUAUGUUCCCGAUGAAGUGAGAGCAGCGAAGAGCAGAGAUGAAGGAGAUUGGGUAGAUGAUGAUGGCAAAGUGAAAGAAGUCGGCACGGCGUCGGAUGAGACUGCGAAUGGCAAUAAACGUAAGGCGAGUAUCAUGCUAGGAGAGGAAAAAGCUGAAGAGAAGAAAGAAGAUCCCCAGAACAUCGAGGAUGACGAAGAUGAGCUUCAACUCAAAGCUAUCAGAUCUUGUGAAGGUCUUCCACAACCGGAGGAUGGAGGUGUUAGUGACGAAGCUUUGACUGCUGCGAUGGGCAUACCAUUACCCGGGGAGGAAGAUGAGCUUUUGCGUGCAGCGACGGAAGUCCCUCUCCCACCAGAUCUCGAAAAUGAGAAAAGUGGUGAGCAUGGCCUGUCAACUUAG